UUUAUUGGAACAUUGAAUGCAGAAAGGUACAAACGGAGCACACCAACGACAUGGUAUAUCUUAGGGGCCUUUUUAUGAAAACACUAUUUUCAACUACAAUUUUAUUGGUGAUACUAAGCUUAAGCCAGGAUGUGGAGGCGGGUACUAUGAAAAUUGCCUACAAGAAACCAAUUUUCGGCAAAUUGACUACAACAAAAGAGAGACGCUAUAAGUUUAGACCAGAUUAUAUUCGAAAAUCACCAAUAAAUGCAGUCGCCAGUGUAAACACGGGCCUGAGCACGAGCGCGAGUUCUCUUGUCGGCAGCACAAUGUUAACAACCACCAGCAGCACCACGCCCACUUUGUUACAUUCAUUGGCACCCACAGAAUGGAGCGUAUGGGAAACAACAACACCACAGCCGGCGAUGGAGAGUAAUUUAAGUACUCGCUACAACAACAACAUGGGCAAUAAUAAAGCCGAAGCAGAGGCUGCCAUCUACAUGCCGAAGUCCUUGCAGUAUGAAGACGCUACACUUCUACCACAUAUAACGCCAGUGGUGAACAACACCUUAGAAGCUCCUCAGCUGUACCACGAUGGCCAAGGAGUGAACGUAAUCAACGAUAACGUGGAAGCGCCGAUUAACACACAAGUAGUGAGCAACGCUGAGACAAACGCUGACAUCGAGGAGCUCUUCCCUUUGCCACAGCCAGAGUUGCUGAUUGCGCCACGCCCCCUGGCUACGCGCCACACGCACGCCAAAGCCGGUAAAAACAGAAAAACAUCAGCAACAACAACAACGACAGAGGGUAGUCGAGCGAUACCAUGCACUUGUGGCAUUUUUCUAGCCUCACAAAUCAAACGCGGCACCAAUGAACAACCCGAGGGCGCACCAGUGAUCACCAAUGAGUUGGAUCGCACAUUUGCAUGCAAUACCGUCGGACAGAAACAAUGCCAGACCAAAUGCUUGGAAACUAUAGUGCAACAUUUGCCCAAUUCAGCGAAUAUACUUUGCGCAACGCUAAAUCGUGACUGCCGCAAGGAGCGCGCCUACCUCUUCAUCAAGAAUUGCCGAAAUCAAUGGCACAAUACGAAUUUGGCAGCGGGGCGGGAGUAUUGCUGUCGCGAUGGUCAACCGUAUGCCUGUCCGAUGGUUUGAGAGAGUGAAUUCUAUAUAGUGGUUAUGUGAAUUUUGAAUAAAGAGAUUGGAUUUUUUAAAUAUAACUUAAAAA